AGAGUUCAAAUAAAUCCACACAGAGUUCGUCAACGUAGGUAAGUUUGACGUCUAAAUCCGCAUUAAAAAAAAUAACGUACAAUAAUCAUAAUAAGUUUAAUUGAUUAAAUUAAAAGAAAUUGAAGCAACACUAACACUUCUGUUGUUGCCGGUGUCCUCAGUUAGAUUUGAUGUUCAAUGUAAUAAGGAUUUUCAUAUUUUCAAACAUGCAGUGCGAAUGAAAAAAAAUAUUAUAACUUCAUAGCGCUUCGACUUGUGUACAAUCUCCCAAGAUAAAAACUAAUGAUGAUAAAGCAAAUGAUUUUUGUGACAAUGCAUUUCCUUUUUAUAAAUAAAGUGUUUGCCUUUGUAUGUUUCAUUUAUGAUAAGUUCGUUCAGUGGUAGCAGCUAUGGAGAUCUGAUAAACUUGAUAAAGUAUAAUAAAAUAAAACUAUAUUUUUUGUAAAUCUUAUUUGACAAUGCAUUUUUGUGAGAAGAUUAGUUUCUUUGUAAGUAAUUAAAUAGUUAACCACACAUGAUAUGAAGAUAUUUUUCACGCAAACUUUAAGAAAGAGUGAUUUUCUGAGGUGGCCGUGCCACUAGUGGGGAUUUAUUUUAUGGCGUAAUUUAUUUCAGCUUCAUAUACUCUAUAAAGCUUUUAUGUUUAUUAUGUAUGAAUCAAUGUUUUCCUUGGGUAUGGGCGGCAAAAAUCAUUGACCGCCAGGGGCGCGACAAACACUUGCCGCUUUACUAUUACACGUCAGGUUGAAAUGCAUUUUGCUUUGGAUAAAAUGUGUGUUACAUCUUCUCCUAUUCUAACUCACUGCUUUUUUUAAAAAAUAGUUUGUUUCGUUUAAAAUUCAACUUCGUAUUUAUUUCUUUGUUUCGCAAUUGUAUGUUUUUUAUUGAGUCACUGAUUUGCUUUUAUUCAGUACCACUAUUCUUGAAUAAAUGAGUUUCUUACAUCAGAAUGUAUGAUUAUAUGUGUAGGUAUUUUUAUUUUCAAUUCGUUAAUUUUCUUUUUUUUUUGUGGCCGGGGGGGGGAUGUGGUUGUUAAUUUGUUUCAUGUUAAUGCAUGGUUUAUUUGCAAUAACACAUUCUUUCCAACAGUUUGAUAAUAUGUGUUUAUAUUUAUUCAUCCAUUUUGUAGACAAUACUUUCCAUUAGAAGGGGCUUGACUAACUACGUGAAAGAAGAUGAGUUUAAGUUCUUCUCAAGCAGUUUCUGAACCUGUAGAUAAACCUAUAAGAGUAAGAAAAUAGCCAUUGUUGUUAAUACUAUUAUUGUUUUAAGUUUUAAUUAUGCUCUGAUUAAAUUUGAAUUUUGCUUAGGUAAAUUAUAACAUUGCGUUAUUUCUUUGCAAAUAGGCGUAUAAUAAAGGGUUACCAGAAAUUUGUUUGAAACAAAUUUCGUAGACAGAAAAUUGAUCGACGGAAAUUUGAUCGAACGGAAAUUUGAUCGAAUUUAUUUUUCAGUGCACACGUUAAAAAUGUCGUCAAAUUUCUUCAUGAACGCACUCUACUAUAUAAUGAAUUAAAAUAACUCGUUCAAAAAUAAAUUUGACGCACAAUUUUGACGUGUGAACUGAAAAAAAAAUUGACCAAAUUACCGUUUGAUCUAUUUUUCGUCGAUUAAUUUUCCGUCGACGAAAUUUCUUUCAAGCAAAUUUCUAGAUACGAUAAUAGAAAAAACAACUUGCGGUAAUUUUAAGGAAAUUAUUCAUAUAUACAGUUUAUAUUCUGAUAAUAAAAUUACGUAACUUAAAAUCGAAUAUUGAUCAUAACGUUUGACCCUUUUGUAUUAAUGCGUAUUAUAAUAAUUAUUAUUAUUAAAGUGGUCUCAUAUAGCGCCGUACCAUAGCCUAGGGCUAGGCUCAGCGCUCCGCACAAAACUUAGCAGUUGCAUACAAUUAUUCAUUUAAAAACAGCUUUAUAAAAUUAUUUAUUUGGCCCACCCAAGCACGAUCUACCCGUGUCUAGCCCUAGACGGUACCAAGCCCCAUCGAGCUUUGUUUAUUGGUCAGAGUGGGGUGAGAAUGAGUCGGUACAAUAGAGUUUGAAAAGAAGUGUCUUGACCACAGGUUCGAUGACUUUGAUGGUCGGUAUAUUGCGGAUUUUUAAUGGGAGAGAAAUCCAUUUUUUGGGGCACAGAAAGAGAAAGAUCUUUCAUCAUAUGUUAUAGUCCGUGUCCUGGUAACAGAUAGAAUACGCGUGUCAGUGGAGGAGCUAAGAUUUCGAAGGGGUGAAUAGACAGAAAUAAUUACAGUAAUAAAGGAAGGGCUGGAACCAGAGAGACAGUUGUGACGGGAAUUACAGUAAUAACGAGUAGAUUUGUAAAUUGACUGAAAAUACUAAAAGAAGCAUAAAUUUAUGAUCUUCAUAUUUAUUCAUAUAUACUUUUCUAAAAUGGCAUUUUUAAAAAAAAAAUAUUUACGUAUUUAUUUCUAUUAAAAAAUAAGUCAUCACAAAUGACAAAAAUUGACUUGUUAUAUUUUUAUCGAUUACAUUAUUACACAACACUUACAUUUUUUUUUAAAAAUACACAAUUUCUUUACAGGUGUAUUCGGAGAGAACGAAUACAUGGUACCCUGCUCAAGGUUUGCGAGCUCAGGUCCUUGAGAAUUCAAUUCAAAAUAUAGCAUCGGAAAUUGGCAAUUUACCGAUUCAAGACGAAGACAGCCAUGCUCUAAAGAAGCACUUGGAUAAACUUUUAGACAUACAUGAUUACAAUGCGGCACAUCGAUCAAAAGUUGCAGAAUGGCUGAAUGUUUAUGGAAUUACAGGUAAUGGUCGAAGAAGAGCCACGUCAACUUUUUUAAUCAAAUUUGAAAUUAUUUUAUUAAAUGGUAUUUUCAACAGAGUUUUUUUUUUUUUUACAAGAGUGGAAAUGUUAAACACAGCCAGUUUACCAUGCAGAUUCGCUACUAAAACACUCAAGAAUAAUGGUGGAGACAAAAUCAAAGCUAAUUAGCACAUUCUAUGUAACAACCCUUACUGACCAGUGUUACGCGUUUCUCUUGAGUAAAACUUUAAAUCAAAGAAUGUUUCGCCUCUUAGGAGAGAUGUCUAAGAUGUGUUUCUGGUAAAACAAAAAUAGUCCACAGGAAGAAUCGGGAGCUAAGACACAUGUUUGGUUCUACAAAAGGGAGCACACCUUGAAGCAGAUGGGUGACUUUUCCUAACCAUACCUCUUCCAUGUGGAAGCUGGCUGAACAAGAAUAUAAAAAGCAAAACAAAUUCUAAAGUUAUAUCAUAAACAAUCUGUGUCUAAUUUAUUGAUUGGUUGCUGUGUUUAAUAACACAUCAGUUAAUUCACUGCCUUUUUUUUAAGGUUUUUCUUGUUUUUUUUUUUAAACGGUAAAUAAAACAUGAUAAAUAUGUUAAUAAUAUUAAUUAAACUGUUUUGGAAAAAUUGCUAACCCUUCUGCAGAAAAAUGUGUGGAAAUUCUAAAAAAAGCUCAGCAGGAUGAGGUAGCCAGUAAUUUCCAAACGACGGUUCUUGAAUUGUGUCAGAAAAAUUCCCAAGUGAGCAGCAGUUUUGCACAGGUAAGACUCUGGCCAUGAAGAAAUCAUUUAAACCUUACCAACAAAUCUUUAGACAUUAACAUUUUUUCAACUCAUUUUGCAUUUUUUUUUUUUUUCUUUUAGAAUAAGAAAUAAAAAAUACUUUACAGUAACUCAAAUAUUUGGAUCUGCUGUUCAUUGCCUCCCUCCCCUGAUCCCCAUUGUGGUUAAUUUCUUUCGGAAUCAAAAUAUGGAUGAUUUUACAUGUUAUUUUUUUGUCAUAAAGUUUCUCUCAAAGUAUGGCAUGGUAAGAUUUCUUGUAAGCUGUCUCAAAAAAUCAGCCGGGAACUUUGAAAAGGUAAAUUUGAAUUGGUUUUAGGCCAUUGUCAUUAUGUAAAAUAAAGAAUUAAGAACUAAGUGUUACAUUUUCAGAAACGUUUUAAAGGACACAAUUAAAAUUUCUGUAUUGGGUGUUUCAUUUAUUAAAUAAAAACCAUUUUUAUCAAAUAAAUCCUUGAUCACUUAGAUCUGUCCAGAGACUGUCGACGCAUACAUUUCUAUCAUCCACAACAUCGCCGUCUACAGAAGUGAUAAACAAGAUGAGGUCAUCUUCAGUCUGGCAGCUCAGGUAAUCUUUGCUACAAUAUCAUUGUUCAAGGUUAGUGCAUCGAUAUUUCUACACAAGCCGGGUAAUUUUUAAAAAAAAUCAUUUUGCUAUUACUUGAGAAAUCUGAUGUUUUAGAAUAGCAAAAGUGAGAACCGAGGAAAGAAAAUAUUGAAGAAAUCAUUAAAAAAGUUGAUUUUUUUUUAAAAAAGAAAAAUAUGCUAGUGGUGUGGCUUGACCUCUAGAGCGGAUUAAGAUUAAUUUUCACGCCACUUCAACGGGCCCCCCUCCCCAUAUAAAUUAAAAAUAAGUGACUAGCGGAGCGAAAUAAUCCAAAUUACAACCCCCCCAACCUCUUUUUUUUUUACAUUGUACGCCACUGCUACUUUGGUCAACGUAUAAGUCUAUGAACAAUUUCACUGGCAGUGAAAGAAUACGAUGACUAUUGUUUACAGCUGACCUAUGACUGAUGUCAAAAUUAACCUUACUCCAGUUCAUGCACAGGCAAAAAGAUCAACUGACCUGUCCAUGAGUUCGCAGAUGUCCCCUUUAAAAAAAAAUUAAAUUCAACCGUUUACAGAUGAAUAAAUAUGCAAGUAAACUAAGUAAUAAUAGCGUUGAGUACAUGACCCACGAAUCUAUAUUAAACUUGUCUUGAAUGGUUAUGUCUGCGCUGUCUUUCAAGAGUCUUGGUCAAACUUUCAGACAUCGACAGCAGGCAAAGCAUUACUGACUAGAAUUCUUGGGCGAACUCAUCUUAACAACUGCUGGUUUCUGAAUGUUAUGUGGGACAUUUUUCCCCAUGCGCGAACUUUGCUUGACCCCAAAAUAGAUUCCCAGCAGACGUAGGCUACUUUCAUAGAUGGGCGUUGCUUAGUUCCUUGAUCUGUCGUGUUUAUUGCCGACUACCAAUUAAGCAUGGUUAGUUUGUCUCCUACUAUAUCGUGGAACAUUCUUUUUUUGAAGAGAAACGUAAAAAAUGUCAAAGGCGUUUCUGGACGCAUCGGUAGACCCACAAUAUAAAUAAGGGGUUUCGGAGAUUGACAGAGGGAGAGAGAAUUAAAUAGAUAUUUUUAAUUUUUCGAGACAAGGGUUAUUAUUCUUUGUGUACUCAUAUGUGUUUAUUCGCUUUUCGUCAUUUUACAUUAAUAAUUGGCACAUUGAACUAACUGUGUACCGGUACAAGAUCUGCCAUACUCUGUAUGUUGAUGAUUUGUAAUUAUAUUUAUUUUUUUAUAAUUAUAUAAAUAAAUCUUAUUAAUUGUAAUUAGCAACUGUUUUGGGUGUCUUAUUUUUGCUAUUGUAUUUCUCUAUGGUAUCGUCCUUUGUUGUGCACUGUUUGAACGAGCCAUAACUUAAAACAAGAGAUUAAUUUCUCACAAUGGAAGCCAGUGCGUAACACUGACAUUCAAAAAGUAUAUUGCGACAUGAUGUGUAUUUGUUAAAUCUGACAAAAAUAUAUUACUCUAUUAUAAAAAGGCUGUGUUUUCUUUUUUAUUUAAAGCCAUCCCACCCACUUUUUCUCUCUUCUAGACGACGGGUGUGAUAAUUAUUAUUAAAAUUUAAUUAAUUUUAAAACAUUUUAUUAUUCUUUUGUAUCAAAAACGUCUUGCGCCUCUACUUUUUUAAACAUGUUCUGUUAUGAUUUGAGAAAUCUCAGUUUCAAAGAAAUUUACAUUUUUUUAAAUUACUAUCAUCUAUGACAGUAAAAACUUCUCCACACAGUAAUUCAAAUAAAUUAUUUGUAGUUUUUGUUAAUAUCAACAUGUAUUAUUAAAAUGUGUCAAAUCGAAGAUAUAUUUAUGUUUCAAAAGGUCCUGGAAAAAUACGUGUCAAGCACCAACGAAGUCAUCAAAGUGAAGUCAGUCCUUACUCUGAGUCAUAUCUACAGUGUUGAAGAAAUCAAAUGUUUUAAAACUAAAAUAGGUAACUUUAAACUUCACGCGGUAUAUAUAUCAUAAUAUUCACUUAAGAUUAUACACAUUAUUAUGCUCGUCCUAUCUUUUUUUUAUAUAAAAAUGCAUGGAUUGAAAAUUAUCAAUUAAAGGACGAUAGCUCCAUAAAAAUGUAAGAAAUUGCCAAGGGAUACUUAAAUUAAAUAUAUACACAAUCAGUUCAUUUCACAUUUCAGAGGAUGUCAUACUUAUUAGCAUUGAGUGGCUGAAGGAAGCCAUUGGCAAUAGCCAAAAGUCUGGCUUGGACACGUGGACAAUCAUAUUAGGACUGGCUAAAUUAGCAGACAACGAUAACGUCUUCGAGCAGGUUUGGUUGAUCAAUGUGUUUUUUUUUAAAUAUAUACAUUACUGAAUUUACUCCAGCUGUGAUUUCUUUUAUUUCUUCAUUAAAUAAAAUAUUUUUUUUAAUAUUGCUUAAAGAUCAAGUGUACAUAUUCAAUGGGAAAAAUUGUAUCUUUUUGCUAAUCUUUAUAUACAUGGCAUAGCUAAGAAAAACUGAAGUGUUCUCCAUUGUGUCUGGAGUUAUGAAAAAUCCUGGCAGCGCUAAUGAACGAACCGCGGCCGAGACAUUUCUAAAAAGACAACAGAAGGAAUCUGUAAAGUUGGUCUCAGGUAAGUUGAAAAAAUGGAUAAACAGUGAAAGAACAUUUGAAUAAACAUUGAAUGAACAAUGGAGCAGAAAUAAUAAAUGGGCAGUGAAUAAUACAUAAACUAAUAAAUAUUCAAUAUAAUAUAAAUGAUUUAGCAACACAUGAAUGACAGGCUAAGGAACAACCAAACGGAAGUUGUAUCUAUUUAUAUGUGAAGGAUCUUUUUUGACGAUUUUUUUAACAUAUUGAAUUUGACGUAUCAUGUUAUGGGGUCAAUGAAAUGCCAUUGUGAGAACGUCCGAUAUAAAACUUUAAAUAUUGUAUGCGACCAAAGGGAAAUCCUGAAACGUCCGCAUCAUAAAAGCGUUUGUGCCUGCGUUUAUGCUGCAGUCACCACAUGUUCUCAGAAGUGAAAAGGAUGUGAAUGCCACCUGUUGUUGAAAAUGGAAACAGAGGAAAAAUUGGUCAUAGGUGAAUAUGAUAAAUGGCCGCCAGAAAAAGUUAUGAUUUAAUAAAACGGCAUCAAGAAACAUAAUUGUGGUGUCAAUAUUUACGAAAUGUUGUCUUUUGGGAGUUUGGGAAUCUUGUUGAAUACCAAGCAGUAGAAGUUUAAAUACUUUUGUAAAAAAAAAAAGGGGGGGGGGGAUAUUUUUUAAAGUUUCCGUAUUAAGUACUCUUUUAACUUCGGUUAUUAAUAAUUACUAGCUUAGUAAUGUGGAUCUAGAGGUCUACGUAAAUAUAUAAUUUUUUACAAGAUACCAAGAAUGCAUGUUGUGCUUUCGCUCUCCAUAGUCUUAAAACGGCAUUAAGAAAGGGAAUACAAAAAUUUUUUUAACCCUUUUUCAAAAUUCGGUUUAGUAAGAUCACCUGCAAUUAUAAUUUUUGUUUAGUUUUAAACUAAUAUUCAAACAUAGAGAUUAUUGUGGUAAAAGGUAAAAAAAUAAAUAAAUUUAAAAGUAAUUUUAAUUUUUUUAAUUGUCUAACCCUGUUCACAUAUUUAAAUUAUAUAUUUUGAUAAGAUAAGCGUCACAGAUAUGAAGAUGUUAACCACUAAUGGGAGACAAUUAAUAUGCUUAAUAUUUCUUGUAUAAUAAGUGUACAGAGUGUUGGGACUUGAGAAUAGUUGACCAAUCAGAGUUUGGAUUUGAAUAGAGGAGAGAAUAAUUGGUGACCAGAAACUAUUGAUUUUAUAUCAGGAAUUUUUUGGAUAAAAUUAUCAAGUUAAAGUAAAAAAAAAAGCGUAAAACAUAUAACUUUCACUGGAAUUCAAAUUUGUGAUAGAUCACAUGAAGUAUUUUCAAAUUAGUGUGUGAAAACAAAUCAUAUUAUUGUGAAAAUUGUGAAGGUCGAUCUUAAAAUCAGUCACUGUUUUAACCACAUCGUCACCGGUAUUAUUUACUAAAUAUCACAAUGAAAGUAAGCAUUAUGUAGCAACGAUAACAGCGGUGUUCCCAAAUGUUUAAUGAUUUUUUCGAAAGUUAGAUUUAUGAUAUUCUGACAUAAAAUUUGUCAUAGCGUUAUUUUAUAUAAAUUUCCCUCUAGUGGUCAAGCCGACGCCAAGGCAAACUUCCCAACAACAAACUAGAUAUUUAGGUCCACCGCCGAAACCACCCAGGGUAAGUCAGCCCAUCGAACAAAUAAAAAACAAUUAUUUUAUUCUCUAAAAAUCACAUUAAAAAUGAUAAAAUAUAAAAUGAUUAAACUUUUACAAAAAGAUAUUAACACAUUAGCAUAUAUUAUUUUUUUAAGAAUACGGCAGCAAAAAAGUUUUUUUUAACUGAAUUCGAUUUUAAAAAAUGAUAUGUGGACAUCUCCAAAUUGAUUUGAUCCUGAAAGAAGGUACCACACAAUACCAAGUUGACGGAGAUGUUUUAAUAUUGUAGACAUCGGCGAAUUAGUAUCACACAUUGCUCUAAUGAUUGCAUGUGGCUAAAAAAAUUAAAAUACAUUUAAUUUGUAUUGUAUGUUUUCUAAUUGUUUGAUAGCAGGUUGGCAUGCCUAGUUCUAUUUCCAGAGUAAUUAAAGUUGUUGAAAGAACGACUACACAUGAAAAUGUAGUUUUAUUUUGGUCGUGUCCUGGUAUCACUUGUCACAUUUGUGUUGCUGCAUUCCACACACUUAAAUUAAAUACGUAAUGAAAAGAUGAAAAUUGCUAAAAUAUUUUCUCCCCACUGUCAACAAAGAUGCGUCGAGUUUGUUAUAAAUGCAAAAUAUACAUUUCUGAGGACAAACAGCUCUAUCGAAUGGAAUUUAUCACUCCACAUGUGAUAAUGGAUUUGUUAUUGGUGUAAUUUUUUUUUUGUGCAACACACGAUUUUGUAAAAGUAUGUUUAUAAUAUUCUCAUGUUUAUGAAAAAACUCUUAUAAAUGAUUGUUUCUUCCAGAUUCCCAUUGUUUCAAACAGAAUCAAUCGUCUGAGACGUAUCGAUGUUCUACUCAUUGGCAAAACAGGAAAUGGAAAAAGUGCAACCGGCAAUGCAAUUUUAGGAAAACUUGCGUUCAAGAGUGGUGCGAGUUCUUCGUCCUUGACAAAGGAAGUUGAGCACGACGUAGUCAAGUUUGAGGAUUGUUUGAUUAAAGUUUUUGACGGUCCCGGCGUGGCUGAUACGGAUCGGAAAACUGAAGCGGAAGCAACUGAAUUCAUAGUGGAGAAAAUGAAACAUGCGGUAACCUUGAAUCCCACGGGGUACCACGCAUUUCUGCUGGUCAUCAAGUUUGGGAAUAGAUUUACAGCUGAAGAUCAGUUGUGUGUAAAAAUGUUGAAAGGUAUUUUCGGAGAAAGCUUCGUGAAAGAUUACUGUAUUUUGGUGAUGACGUGCGGGGACACGUACUGCGAAAAAAAAGACGGAGGAACUUUUCAGACUUGGUGUGAAUCACAAGAGGGUGUUUUUCAAGAACUUUAUACUGAGUGUAACAAACGUAUAGUUUUGUUUGACAACAUGUCGAAAGACACGAAAGUGAAGACACAACAGAUGAAAAACCUUAUAAAAGCGAUAGACAGCUUGCAGGUUUCCGGGAAACGGUACACAGACAUCCACUUUGAAGAGGCCUUUGAGAAUCGUAGGAUGCUGCUAGCUAAUGCUAAAGAACCUACUUUUAAUAUCGUAGAAGAAAUAUUAAACCAGGUGGCUGUCAUGUCACAAGAGUUUCAAGAGAUAUUGACACAAGGAGAAGACAUUCAGAAAGAAAGUCUAUAUAAACUAAAACUAGAAUCGGAAGGUCUUGAGAACCAGAUCUCACAAAUGGAUAGCGUGACUGAAAAUCUUCAGAAUGCUUUCAAAACUGUGAACUAUUUGGUACAAGCGAUAUCACAACAACUACACUUUCUUAAUCAGCCCCCUACAGUGAGUCAACAGCAGACGGUUGCAAGGGUAUUGUCCGUGGGAGAGUUGAAACAUGUAAACACAGGGGACGGUGAGGAGCCAGAUCAAAGUGAAAUUAACAGGAGAUAUGGAAAUAAACGGAUCAAAUCCAAAUCAGAAUUCAUGCAAAAUUUUCAGAAUUCUAAAACAUAUUGGGAUUCAAUGGAAGCCAAAGCAGGAUACGAAGAUGAAAAAUUGAACCAAAUAAGAGAAGACGAAAGGAGAAGAGCAGAAUCUCAAAUCGAAGAAGAGAGAGUCAAAUGGAUGGAAGAGAUUGAGGAAAUGAAGGAGAGAACAGAACGAAUGGCAGAAAAUGAAAACGAGCUGAGGCGAACUUUCCAACUCGAGAAGGAAGAGCUGGUACGUACUUUAGAAGACGAUAUGCAGAUGGCGCUGACGAUCACCACGAGGACACACACAGGGUAUGUGAACAUGAUCAACGCGCUGUACCACGACACGAAGAGAGCUUACGAUGACAUCCUAAAAGGUCAAGAAGCUGCAAAAAAGUCCAAAUGCUCGAUUUCUUAGACAUAAAUAGAUCUAACUUUUGGCACCCGUUUUAAAGAUAUUAAGGUGUGUUAAUUUUGUCAUGCCAUUUUGAUCAACGAAAAAUAAAGGCAAUGUAUCUUUAUAGAAUUGAAUUUUGCUUGUGACAAUUUCCAAAAAUUUAACUAGUAAUGGCAUUUAAUUUUUCCAUAGAAACUAUAAGACAGCAUUGACUAUGUUAUAUGUCAAAAAAUUUUAAAAAACAGUCAGUUAUAUUUUUUUUCUUCUUUACAUUAAAACGAUUUUAUCAAAAUUGAAGUUGAAUGGUUAAAUGGAUAAAGUGGUGUUUGAAAACUUUUCAAAAUAUCUCGAUUGCUUCGACACAAAAAAACAUUAAAAAUUAAUGCACGCAAAUGUUAUAAACAGUGUUUGACACGGAUCAUAGAAUCAUCUAUCAUCAAAGCGAGCAUUUAAAUGAAUGGGACCUUCGCUGAUCUUAAGAAUUAGAUCAUUUCAUACCUUUUGUGUUUAUCAUCUAUUGACAAAUGUGUAUGUCGUAUUUUAGAUAAAGCUUUAUUGAUAUACUGUGUGUAUGUUGAAAUGAUGCCUAUGUAAUUUCAAAACCAUGUAUACAUAAUAUUUAUAUACCUCCCACAAAUAAGAAAUAUGGAAACCAUUUUUUUUAAUCACCAGUACAAGACCAUGUACGUAGUAAGCUCUUAGCAAUAAAUAUUCAGUGAAUAAUGAAGUAUUAAACAUUUUAAACGAAUAUAUAAUGUGGAGAUUUGAAGUGAUCGGACGCUUGGUUACCUGGGUUUGUUCUGC